UGACCUAUAAUCCAUGUAUGGACGAGGUGAGGAAUGACCUGUGACCCGUUCCAGUGAUCACUCGAGGUCAGGGUCACCAGACGGACGCACUUCCUCACAACCCUUCCUUAUUUUGUCGGGAAAUCUUACUUUCUCGCCCACAUUGUCGACCAUGUUGAUCCGAAGGCUUGCAACUCUCUCCCUUCUUACAUCCAUGGACAAAAUAGCUCCUGCCUGAACACACUUCUGAUUUUUUCCUCCUUUCUUUCACUCAGUUCAAAUUAGGUAGUAGUGGCAGGCAGUCUUGCUUUGCACUUAGCUUUUGUUGCGUUCUGUAGUGCCAUCGUGUGCGUGUAGAACCAGUAUAUAAUGGAAGAUUCAAAUUCUGUUGUGCCAAGUGGAGCUUACGGCAUCCCCAAGUGGAUCAUGAAGAAAGGAAUGAGGUAUGAGGUGGACGACUUCAUAGUGUCUCCCCCUUCAAUAGACGAUGGGGGGUUCCUGAGGCUCCGCUAUGGUCGUGCCUGCACACCCCAGCCAUCUCCUCAGGGCCAGGAUGGGGGCAUGACUGUGGAGGUGAAGGACGAUACCCUGCAGUUUUCCCCCGACACGACCCCAACCACCACCACCAUCUCCAUCGGACCAGGAGGCCUCUCAGUUGAGUCGUCCCCAGACACCACUCCCCUCACCACCCCAGAGACCAGGGCAGAAAAUCCUGACGUCCAUCCCUUGCUGGUGCUGCCCAUGAACUUUGGGGGAGAACCCAAAUUUAUAGUGAAGGUAGACCCUCCAGAUUCCCCAAACACCAACACCGAAUCCCUCGGCCCCACAGCUGCCACAGCAUCCAGAGAGCUCUCCUCCACCAAGAGCCUGGACUGUAUAGGAAACCAGAACAGCACACUCCUUGAGAGGGUUCAGUCGCUGUCCCUGACCACCACCCCAAGCCACAGUGUGCCAACAUCGCCGGCGACCAGCCCCUUCACCACCCCGAAGAACUCCCCCACCCUCGGCCGCAAGCGUAUGGUGGGUGUCGCAAUGGAACCGCAAAGGAAGAUCUCGGCCCACAGCUACUUCUACACCAAGCAGAUGCAGGACUACCAAGGCACCUUUAACCCAAGCACCUUUAAUCCAAGCACCCUAAACACGGCCUCCACUCUCAAGCAGGAAGGGCCGGUGCUCCCCAAGCAGCUAGAGGAAGGGGACAUCCCUGCACUACCCAAGGUCAUGGGCCAGAGGAGGAGGCACCCAAAACCUUCAACCCUCCGUGAAAUGAACUUCUGGGCCCCCACCUCCAUGUAGACCCAGCAGGAUGUCUCCAAGGGGAGAGCACGUCACUCCUCCAGUGAGUGCUCCGGAUGGGUAAUCAUGUUCAAGGUUGUUAAAUUUAGGCAGCUUUGUACUUUUAAACAUCAGUUGGUUGCUUUGAAUCUAGCCAUUUUUUGUCCUGUGUUAACAUUAAAAUUUGCUAAAACUUAAGAUUAUGCAGUUUUAUGUAUUAAUGAGAUUAUAUUUUUAAAAUCAAACUAUGGAUAAUGUAUGAACAUGUAUGAUUUUAAAUGAGCACAAGCUAUUGGUGCUCAUGUUGAGGAGGAUUUGUUUGCUGUGCUCGUGUUGAGGAGGAUUUGUUUGCUGCAUGCAAUCUCUUGUUGACAGCAUUUUCUCUAUGUAUUAGUAAAAUAAAGAGGCGUUUUCCUGCAGGAGUAAAGAGUUAUCUAUGUGUUCCUUGUAUGUGUUUAAUCUCACUUAAAGUAAUAUUCUAGCACUUUGUUUCUUUGAUGUCCGUCACGUGCAAUUAAGUGACGCUGUAUCCGUGAGAGGCAGGCCGUCACUGGCGAGUGAUGCAGAGGGGCGCUGUUGGCUGCAGGAAUGUCUUUCACCUCUCCAUUAAAUUUAACCCAGGAGGAAGAUUCCUCUUGGUUGUCUUUCAUUGUGUGUACACCUGCUGACUAAGUAAAGAUCCACAACACUCUUCCAAUGAAUCAAUCGCUGCUCAUGCCAAAAUAAAGACCUUAGACCAUUCUUGAAGCCAUGACUGCUGGGUUGUGUUUGCCAUAAGCUCCUCUUGACAAGUGAUGUAGCCUUUCACCUGUCUUGUUGGUGUUAAGUAAUGAUUGCUUCAUGCUUCCACAUUGCUUCAUACUGAAUGACAUAGACGUUUAAUAUUUCACUAAUCCUUAAAGUUGUUGGUUAAGGAUUUUAGCAUAUGUAUGAUAUAUCCUGAAAUUGAUCUAUAAAGUAUCCUAUUUUUGUACCAUUUGAUUCUUCAAAAUAUUUUUAGGAAUUCAGGGUUAAUUCUUUUUUUUUUGGUUUCUUUCCACAUUAGUACCUUGACAAACCAUAUCUUAAGUUAGUGAUAUGUAUAUUUUGAAAGUGCCACAAACUAUUAUUAAGUGAAUUUACCUAUAUGACGUAAAUUUACUUGUAACUGUAGAUCAGUAAAUUCAUUUGGUACUGGGA